UGGUUAGAAAGGUCAGGAGGCGGCACACUACGGCUGUAUGCAGGAGGAGCUAGAAGAAGAGGACAGGGAGGUGACCCGCGGGACCGCGACCCGGCGCAGCAGGUUGAAACGAUCCGACGGCAGCACCACGUCCACCAGCUUCAUCCUGCGGCAGGGAUCAGCAGAUUCAUACACAAGCAGGCCAUCAGAUUCUGAUGUAUCUUUGGAAGAGGACAGAGAAGCAAUCCGCCAGGAGAGAGAACAGCAAGCCGCUAUUCAGCUUGAAAGGGCAAAGUCUAAACCUGUAGCGUUUGCAGUCAAGACUAAUGUGAGUUACUGUGGCGCACUGGACGAAGAUGUUCCUGUCCCAAGCACUGCCAUCUCUUUUGAUGCCAAGGAUUUUCUGCAUAUUAAAGAGAAAUAUAACAACGACUGGUGGAUAGGAAGGCUGGUUAAAGAAGGCUGCGAGAUUGGCUUCAUUCCAAGCCCUCUUAGGCUGGAGAAUAUCCGAAUUCAGCAGGAGCAGAAAAGAUGACGUUUCCAUGGAGGGAAAUCAAGUGGAAAUUCUUCUUCAAGUCUUGGAGAAAUGGUGUCUGGCACAUUUAGAGCUACACCCACUUCCACAGCAAAACAGAAACAAAAAGUGACAGAACAUGUUCCUCCUUAUGAUGUAGUGCCAUCUAUGAGACCCGUUGUGCUAGUUGGCCCAUCGCUGAAAGGUUAUGAGGUAACAGACAUGAUGCAGAAAGCCCUCUUUGAUUUCCUGAAGCACAGGUUUGAUGGGAGAAUAUCAAUAACUAGAGUGACAGCUGACAUUUCUCUUGCUAAGAGGUCUGUCCUAAAUAAUCCGAGCAAGAGGGCAAUAAUUGAACGGUCAAAUACCAGAUCCAGUUUAGCUGAAGUGCAGAGUGAAAUUGAAAGAAUCUUUGAGUUGGCAAGAUCCUUACAGCUGGUUGUCCUAGAUGCAGAUACUAUCAAUCAUCCUGCACAACUUAUUAAGACAUCUUUAGCACCGAUUAUUGUCCAUGUUAAAGUGUCAUCUCCAAAGGUUUUGCAGCGGCUGAUUAAAUCCAGAGGAAAGUCACAAAGUAAACACUUAAACGUUCAGUUGGUGGCAGCUGAUAAACUUGCACAAUGUCCACCAGAAAUGUUUGAUGUCAUUUUGGAUGAAAAUCAGCUUGAGGAUGCAUGUGAACAUUUGGCAGAAUACCUAGAGGCAUACUGGCGUGCUACACAUACCACCAGUACUACACCUAUGACACCUCUUCUUGGAAGAAACCUAGGAUCUACUGCACUUUCACCAUAUCCUACUGCAAUCUCUGGAUUACAGAGCCAGCGUAUGAGACAUAGCAACCACUCUACUGAGAACUCUCCAAUUGAACGAAGAAGUCUAAUGACCUCUGAUGAAAAUUAUCACUUGUCUUCCAGUUCCCAACACAGCCGAGAUCAUUACCCACUUGUGGAAGAAGAAUACUCUGACUCUUACCAGGACACUUACAAACCACAUAGGAACCGAGGAUCGCCUGGAGGAUAUAGCCAUGAUUCACGACAUAGGCUUUGAGUUUAAGAACUUGGGAAAAAUAGUAUUCAUUAGUUGACAACUUGCCAUAACAUACAUAGAAAAAACAAAUCAUCUUAAUUUAGCAGAUGUAACAUGGUUUUACUGUAGUUACUAGUUGAUGCUUUAAAAAAACAAAGAGGAGGAAGAAAUUCACCAGACCCUGAUGUUUAGGAGGAAAUUAGCUUGCCCAGCCGUACUGGAUUUUUUUUUUAGUACAGCAUUUGCAUAUAUAACGGUACAUUUUUUUCCUUGUUAGAUAUUAAACACAUCUGUUUGUAAUUUAGGGUACUUAUCUCAAGGCACAUAUGAAACAAUUUCCAGUGCUGGAAAUUCCAAAUGACCAGUUCCAGUUGGAACCAAUUUAUAAACCAAUUCUUGUUGGAAUUUGGGUGAACUGACUGGAAAGUCGACUUGAACAAGUUGCAAUCAGUUGAAAAAAAUGCAGAUGAAGAAAUAGAAAAUUACUAAACCACUAUCAGCCAAAAAUCAGCUGCCAUAUUUGUUUGCUGGAAGCUAAAUUUACACUCAAGAUUAGAAUAAAAAUAUUUUAAUGUAUAUUCACAUUUCCAGAAUGGCUUUUUUCAGACUUACCAAAUGUAAACUGUUUCUCGUGCCAAAUAUCACAAAUUAAUGCAGCAGUUACAAAGUACUUUCCAUUUUGAAUAUUUUUUUCUCCUGACACGUAUGUUGCAGCAACAUUUUUUCUUUUGUUUAGUCAGUAUUGAUACUUCUGUUGUCAUCAGCAAUGGUGAUAUGAAUUUCAACAAUAUGACUGCACCCCGUCACACCUGCACAUGAGCAACAGUAAACAAAAUGUCUUGCGGCCCUAUAUGGAAUCCUGAUGGGCUGCAUGUUGCUCACCACUGAUAUAUGGAAGAGACUAGUAGGAGUAUGAAUAAAUCCAAGCCUGGCAGGAAUGAUGAGAGUUUGAGAAUACGUGGCUGCUCUUUCUUUGAUUCAUCAACACAAAAUCAAACAGGAGAGAUGUGAUGCUUUUUCUCCCAUUCUCAAUGUUCUGCCUUGUUAAAUUGAAAUUGAUCCAUUCUCCCAACCACUCAUGUACGGCAGAUACUGUACUUACAUUUCCACACAAUUGAGCAUCUUCACAUUACAUUUUUCAGUCUCCAUCUUCAAAUGUCUGAAAAUUCCAGCAUCACACAAGAACCCUCGAUAACCAAAUCCUUUAAAUUGUAUUGGUAAAAGCAGAUUUUUUUCAAAACACCAGUAAAUUCUAAAGCAAAGAUGCAGCUUGCAAUAAAAACAGAAUAGAGUACUCCAGAAGCUCUGUUCACUGUAAAAUUAUAGAGCUGACAUUUUAAAUUCAAAUAACUAAGAUAAAGUCUUUGGAGAUUUUGCUGCCUUACUUCUAAUGAACAGUGCUCUUCACCUACUAACUCUUCUGUUUUUUUAAAUGGAUACAUUUAUGUAAUUAGACCUUAUGUCUUACAUUAUCAGUGAAGCCUUAUAUCCAAUAUGAUUGAAAUAAUUAUUGUAAUUGACCAUUUUAUACAACACACUGGUGUCUUUAAGCAUAGACUCUUUCUAAAAUAUCUGAGACACUGCAUGCAUUUUCUAAAAUUGACAGAACUAUGUGUAAAAUAUUAUUUUAUGCUGGUUCGGGUCAAAUCUAUUUUUUGAAAAUGAAAGUAAUUUCCCUUUUCUCUUCCCAAAGUCUCCUGAAUGGUAGGCUAUAAAAGCAUGCAGCACUAAACAAAUUUCCUGAACCUAAUGAUGUCUUUUGCUUUUUGGACCAAUUAACGAAGAUGCUAUUGAUAUUUCCCCCCGCUAGUGAGCCUGAAUAUCUUCUUGGUGAUGACAACUAGAAAUGUAAUUUAUUGCAUUUCUGGUACAACCAAAAAUAAUUACAUGUCUCUAGCAGUGAAAGGUAGUAAUGCAGCUGGCUUUUUGGACAGGUUUUACUGCAUAAAAGAAGCCUUGAAUGAUCAGUCACUAGGUGAUUCAGUUGGGCCAACUGUCAACAAUUAAAACAUAAAAUAUCUGCAUCCACUGGAGUAAUAAAGUUAAGAAGUAACCUAUUGAGUCAGUUCCUGUUGCCCUUUUUCCAGCUAAGCACCUAUUGAUCUCAGUGGGAGUUUGGCCUGAGGAACUAAUGCAGGAUCAGCUUCCAAAGUGAUGGCAUGUGCUGCCAUUUCUAAUAUUUUAUGCUAUAGCACAGUGGAACAUUCUCCAGUAAUUUUUAUAUGUCUUUGUUACACGUACAGCACACAUCUGCAUGAGAAGGAAGGUAUUGGGCAAAACAUUAUAAGCUUUGACAGUUUCUUUUUUGUGCGCAUUAAUGUAUUAAUUGCAAAGAAUGCACUGAAAUGUAUAACCCUAGAUUAGACAGUGGUUUAUCUUUAUUCUGUAGUAGCAUUAGGGAUCAAAUCAUUAGCUGCUUGAAGAUAUUUGCAUUUUAUGACAGGUAGCUGCAACAUCACUAACAUUUUUUCUAGUAAAUGAGAUUACUGCUUUUUCAUUUGAGACACAAAAAUGUCAUUUAUUUUUAAAGCCUUUUGGAGCCUUGUUUUAAAGUCUUCCAUGUCAUGCUAGUAAAGGGAAAGAUCCACAUAACACACAUGCUCAAAAUCCACCAAUUGCAUCGUCUGAAGUGCCAAAAACCACUUUUGUUUAAUGUUCUUAUGAAACGAAUCUGUUGAAAGGAGUCAUUUAUAAUGUCUUGAAGGAAAAUUUUGAAUGUUUACCUUAAUUCUGUGGGUUUAUUUUAAGUUUACCUUCCUUUUUUUGGUAUGAUUUGUAUCCUCUUGUUCUAUUAUUUAAAUAUCACCAAAGUUUGCUUAUCUUGUUUUGCUUUUGUUUUGCAGAGAGAUAUACUCUUAAAGUCCAUGUUUAUAUAAAAUACAUUUCAUUGUGGGUAAAUGCUAUUGGGAAUCUUUCUUUUAAAAUAUUUUUAAGAGACAAGAAAUAUAAUAAGAGCUGCAAUUAUGCUUAAGGCCACUUAAAUGCAUAGUAUAAUCCAUGUAUUAGAACUUCUACAAUGUUAGCCAGCCAUCUUGUGUGGGUUUUUUUUUCAAUGCAAUGGCUUUAUGUGAAGUUGUGAAAUUAAUGUAGUCCUGAAUGAUUAAUAAGAUUAAUUUUCCAAUCCUGCUAUAAUUUCUCAUGAUGAUUAUAUCCUGAUUAUAGUAAUGUUCAGGAUUCUACUGCUAAGCUCCAGUAUAUAUAUAGAAGUAUUUAUUUAGAAAUGUUUAUAAAAUAUUGAUGGUUCUUUGCUAUUUUUAUAUGUUUUUAUUUAAAACAUUUGGGGUUAAUGAUAAUUUAGACAGCAGUAGCCUAUGCUGAUAUGACCGUCUCAGUGACACAAUUAUCUAAAGGCAGUAUGCUUCAAUGCAUUCAUUUGCCUGACUAUAAUUGAAGAACAAAUUAAUUUAAAAUAUGGCACAUAUUUAGAGGAAUUGUAAUUGUUCCCUUUGAACUUGAAUUAAUAUUUUUUAAAUUUUACAGAUAUUUUUCAUCUCUUUUACUAUUUAACUAGUUGAACAUUUUCCCCAAUGGACAGGCAAAUGUAAGUUGGAUAAAUUUUCUGACUGAUAAUUAGGAAAUUAUUGAUUUAAAAAAAAAAAGGAAAUAUUUUUAAAUUAUUGAUUUAAAAAAAACAGAAAAAACUACAGCUCUUUUACAGUAAUUUUAAACACUGUGGGCCAUAUCAUGUCAUCACUUUGUAAACAAAACUUUCUAUUGAAUUUAGUGAAUCAUUCUGCUUAGAAAUCCAGGUUUAUUAUGGCCCCUGGACUUAGAUUUUGCCCUGCAAAGUUAGUUUCCUGUUGAAGCCAUUGGAAAUUGUGCCCUGACUACUUAUUUUUCUUCUUAGUUUAGCAAGAAUAGUUUUUAUAGCAAUAGAUUUUGCUUUUUAUGCAACAUCUUUGCUAGAGAACACUGAACCUGAUCUUGCAUAUUUCUGACUUACACUGAUGAAGGCAACUAUAAAUCAGGUGCGUAUGAGAUUAGAAAAAUUUCCAGUCUCUUCAGUAAACACAUUACAAGAAAUCAUAUUCAGAAUGUUAGUGUUGGUUUUGCUGCAAGUGGAAAUACACUUGACUCUGGGCUGGUCUACCCUACAGUUAGGUUCACAUAAGACAGCUAUAAUCAUCCUCAUUAUUUCAGUGUCUACAUUAGAGCCUUCCUCCCAUUGAUGUAAGGACCCUACUACACCAACAUAAUAACUACACCUCCACAUAGGGCACAAGGUCCAUGUAGUUAGGGAAUGCCAUUUCUGUGUAGAUAACUGUGUCCCUUACAUCUUCUGUCUUGUCAAUUUCACAGCAGGACCUGUGAAACUGACAAAGCCCCUGCUCUCCUGGAGAGCUGCGUGGCUGGACUCUGCUCCUGGCUAGGAGCCAAAGUGAGAAGCCUGAGUUUCCCCUGCCUGCACCAUGCCAGAAGCCCGCCAGCCUUAACAAUUGACAAGGCUGCCUGGCUCCCAGCUGGAAUUGGGCAGAGGAAACAGGAGGGUAAGAAGGGUAGAUGGAUUCUGUCCCCUGGUAGUCAGAGGAGCAGGGUGGCUUCUUCCCAUUCCUGGCAGGGAAUGGUGGCUGCGAAGCCCCAAGCACAUUGUCUGCUCCUAGAGAAGAAUGGAAGUGGGUUGGGCAUUUAAGAAGUCUUUGGCACCUUCCCCCUCUACUCCAAGCAAGGAUGGCAGAGUCUGUGGAGAACCCUGCUACUUGUGGGCCAGCCAGACUUCUGACAGGAAGUUGCCUGUGGAGCUGAGAGAUUCAGCUGCCAGCUCCCCACACAGCCUUCUUAAUUUAGUGGACGUGUUCCUGCUCAAGACAUGCAUCACUGACCCAAGGUGGGUAGCGGGGACAUGCAUCACAGCAGUAAUUACUGUGGUGGCUGUUAAGUUGACCUAAUAUAGGUCAGCUUAGGUUUGUAGUAUAGACAUAUCCUGCAUUUUCCUCUAGCUUUUAAAGCUCCUGUUACAACUGAUAUUUGGGCAUUCCACCCUUUCUUUGCUCCUUGCUUUUUGAGCAAUGAUACCAAGUAGGGAAGCAGGUAAUUGCAAGAACAAGAAACUACUGGAGACUGAGUGCUUAUAGCAGUUUUUUUCUCUGCCACAAGCUAUCUGCUGCUAUAGAAGUGCAAGAUAAUGGUUGUUACCAUAGGGGUGCACGAGUCCAUAACUUCAAGUUAGUUUCAGACUACAUUUUCAGAAUCCACCUUGGCCUCAAUUUCACAUUCUUCUUUGAAUUUCCCUGCUGCUCACAAUCUCACUAAUGUUCCUUGGUAUCCUUUUCAGAAGCACACACUUACUAGUCAGCAUUAUUUUAUUGUAUAGUUAUUUGAGUAAACCAGGGCUGUUGCCUAGUUGCUCAGUCCAUUUGCUUUAUAUAGGAAUAAAUUAAAUCUAACCCUUGCUCAUAUAUUGAUUUUUGGAUUCAGCAAUCAUGAAACCUGGCCAUCACACCGGGCGCGUCUAGACUACCUGCGGCUUCUGAAAGCAGAUAUGCAAAGUAGAUGCAAUUUGCAUAUCUUCUUCCAAUCCCUUUUUUGGAAGAUGGUUUUUUUUUGAAAAAAGAAAAGCAGUCUAGGCGAGAUUGUUCAUGCAAAAAC